AUGGCGGUCACCACAAAAAGUGGAAGAGGCGGGAAUGCACCCACCUCAAAUGGAAAUGUGGAGGAGACCCAAGAAGAGGUGAACCCAUCUAGGGAAUACAUUAUUGACAUAUUGGAACUGGUAGUGCGAAAGGCUAAGGCACCUUUGGCAAAGCCUCCACCUCCUUAUCCUGAAAGUCUUGCUAAGAAAAAUGGUGAGAAUCGAUUCAUGAAGUUUAUUCAAAUGAUUAAGGAUCUCUCUAUCAACGUGUCAUUGUCGAAGCUCAAGUUGACAACUACUCCUAUCAUUACAUCUCCAAAUUGGAGUUUGCCGUUCGAGCUCAUGUGUGAUGCAAGUGAUGUAGCGGUUGGGGCUAUUUUGGGUCAACGUAUCAACAAAGUUUUUCAUUUGAUUUACUUUGCUAGUAAGACCAUGAAUAAUGCCCAGGUCAAUUAUACUAUCAUGGAGAAAGAGCUCCUUGCUAUUGUGUUUCUAUUGAGAAGUUCCACCCGUACUUGA